AUGGACGGAUCAACUCCAGAAGAAAAAAGAUUAAAGGAUAUCAAAUUUAGACAAUGGGGUUCAUAUGUUGGUGAAAGACAAUGGGCUACGGUUAGAGAAGAUUAUUCUGCUGAUGGUGAUGCCUGGUCAGCCUUAACUUUUGAUGAUUCCAGAAGUCGUGCUUAUAGAUGGGGAGAAGAUGGGUUAGCAGGUGUAUCUGAUAGAAAACAAUUUGUUAACGUUACCAUGGCUUUAUGGAACGGGAAGGAUCCUAUUCUUAAGGAAAAAUUGUUUGGUGUAACCAAUUCCCAGGGGAACCACGGUGAAGAUGUUAAGGAACAGUAUUACUACCUUGAUAACACCCCUACCCAUUCCUAUAUGAAAUAUUUGUACAAGUACCCCCAGAAUGAGUAUCCAUACAAGCAAUUGGUUGAGGAAAACCAAAAAAGAUCACGAUUGGAAAAGGAGUUUGAGAUUACUGAUACUGAUAUGUUCAAAAAUAAUGAAUAUUUCGAUGUUGUCAUGGAAUCGGCCAAGGGUGAUGCUCCUGAUGAAUUGUAUUUUAGAAUCACUGCUUAUAACCGAAGUGACAAAGCUGCUUCCUUGCAUAUCUUGCCUCAUUGUACUUUAAGAAACAUCUGGUCUUGGGGUGCUGACGAGUACCAAGAAGUGAAAAAACCACACGUUAAACAAAUAGAUGAAUACACUAUCGAGGUUGAAACAGAAAAGUUUGGUAAACGCUAUUUAGUAUUUGCUCCAUCACCAGGAUUUGAAGAGACUGAUCCUGAUGUUGAACCACAGUUAAUUUUCACGGAAAAUGAAACCAACACUAAAAAAUUAUACAACCAAGAAAAUAAAAGCAAAUAUGUUAAAGACGCUUUCCAUGAAUAUGUUGUUGAUGGAAAACAAGAAGUGAUUAACCCAGAAAAGCAAGGAACAAAAGCUGCUGCUUGGUUUACUUUUAACGAUAUCCCAGCAGGUGAGUAUGUUACCAUUCGUUACAAAUUCACUAAUGACAGUUCCGAGGUUGAUGAAUUUGAAUUGGACAAUAUUAUUAGUAAACGUCAAGCUGAAGCUGAUGAGUUUUAUUGGCAUAUUACACCUUAUCCAAUUAGUGACGAUUUGAGACAAGUUCAAAGACAAGGUUUCGCUGGGUUACUUUGGACAAAACAGUUUUAUUAUUUUGUUCAUAAUUAUUGGGCAAAUGGUGAUCCAAAUACCAUUAAGCCACCAAUGAAUCGUGCCAAUGGUAGAAACAAGGAAUGGAAACAUUUGUAUACUGAUGAAAUUUUGUCCUUACCGGAUAAAUGGGAGUACCCUUUUUUCGCCGCUUGGGAUUCUGCAUUCCACUGUAUCCCUUUUGCUAUGAUUGAUCCUCGUUUUGCAUGGAUGCAAUUAGAUCAUUUGGUACGUGAGUGGUACAUGCACCCCAAUGGACAAAUUCCUGCUUAUGAAUGGAAUUUUAGUGAUGUGAACCCACCAGUACAUGCAUGGGCUGCGUAUAGAGUGUUUAAAAUUGAAAGAAAGAUGUAUGGGGUUGAAAGUCUUGAUUAUUUAGAAUCUAUUUUCCAAAAAUUGUUGAUCAAUUUCACGUGGUGGGUCAAUAGAAAAGAUGCCGAAGGAAAGAAUGUUUUUGAAGGUGGGUUUUUAGGGUUGGAUAAUAUUGGUGUUUUCAAUAGAUCAGAAGAAUUGCCCACUGGUGGGAGUUUAGAACAGGCUGAUUCAACUGGUUGGAUGGCAUUCUACUCUUUGCAAAUGUUGAAUAUUGCUCUUGAGUUGGCCAAAACUAGACCAGUUUACGAAAACAUUGCAUCAAAGUUUUUCGAGCAUUUCAUUAUUAUUGCCGACGCCAUGACUUUUAGAGGUGGUGAUGGAGAUGACAGCACCAAGGAUGCUUUAUGGGAUGACAAGGAUAAAUUCUAUUAUGAUGCUAUCAGAUACAGCGACCACCACGUUGAAUCGUUACAUGUCAGAUCUUUGGUUGGGUUGAUUCCAUUGUAUGCUUCAUUGACCAUAGAACCUGAUCUUUUAAACAGAUACCCAUCAUUCAAAAAACGUCUUAAUUGGUUUUUGGUUCAUCAAAAGAAAAUGUCAGAAAGAAACAUUGCCUCGAUGGAAACUAGAGGGGUUGGUGAAAGAAUGUUAUUAUCAUUAGUUUCCAAGGAAAGAUUGUUGGCCAUUUUGGACAGAAUGUUGAAUGAAGAUGAAUUUUUAUCUGAAUAUGGUAUUAGAUCUUUAUCAAAGUAUCAUAAGGAUCAUCCUUAUGUCAAGGAAGUCAAUGGGGAGAAAUUCACCGUUGCUUACUUGUCAGGAGAAUCUGAUUCAGGGAUGUUUGGUGGUAAUUCAAAUUGGAGAGGACCAAUUUGGUUUCCAACUAAUUUCUUAUUAGUUGAAGCUUUGCAAAGAUUCUAUUUGUACUAUGGACCUGAUCUUAAAGUCGAGUGUCCUAAAGGGUCUGGUGAUUACUUGAAUUUGGCUCAGUGUGCUCAAGAAAUCCAGCAUCGUUUGAUUCGUAUCUUUUUGCCUGAUGAAGCUGGUGAUCGUGCUUGUAAUGGUGGUGUGGAAAUCUUAAACCGAGACCCACUUUUCAAAGACUAUGUUCCAUUUUAUGAGUAUUUUGAUGGUGAUAGUGGUCGAGGAUUAGGGGCAUCACACCAAACUGGGUGGACUUCAUUGGUGACCAAAUGGAUUCAUGAUAAUGCUGCUAGUAAUAGAGUUCCAAGGACUCCGCAAACUCCUAAGAAUAGAAGAAGGGAAUCGGUUUUCUUGCACGCCAGUGAAGAGGCCAACGAUGACGACGAAGAAGAAUUACAGAAAUAUGUUCCUAAAUGUGGUCCAAUGCCUGGUACUUUGGCUAGAAGAAAAUCGGGUAAGUCAUUGUUAAAUUUAACUGUCAAUGCCUUAGAUUUGGGUGACGAUGAAGGAAAUGCAACUACAAAAGCAGCCGUGUGUGGUCAACUCAAUGAAGGGAAAUCGAUCAGUGAAGAAGAGUUAGAAAGAUUGCACAAGGUCCAAUCAGGAGCUUCUAUUGAUUCAAAUGAAGCAGCUCAAAUUGAUAGUGAUUUAUUAGGUCAAGUUAGAGCUGCAUUCAAGAAAUUCAGGACAAGAACUGAAGAAGAUGAAUUUGAAGGAGAUGAAUUUGAAACUAGAUGUUCAUGA